AUGGAUGAUCUACGCUCAAUUCUACCUGUAGCUCAAGUGCCCGUGUCGCAGCUCCCUCAAACUGGCCAGAAGGCGCCUGCUUUCCCGCAUACACUGACCGGCUCACCGAGCCUGAUUGUCUUUCUACGGCAUUGCGGCUGUCCAUUCUCUGAAGUCGCCUUUCGAUCCCUAGACAAGGUCGUUGGUCAAUACAGCAACAAGAUCAACUGCUACGCCAUCUCUCAUGCCACCGCAGAAGAAACCCAAGUAUGGAUCGACUCGCUAAAUUUGGCGCACGGCAAGCAGAUCAAGAUUGUGAUUGACACAUCUAGAGAGUUGUACGGCCAGUGGGGACUGGGCCAGACAUCAUUACUUCAUUGGCUCGGAUACAACUCCCUAAGCAGCGUCUGGACGCUCGCCACGCAGCAAGGAAUCAGAAAUCGAACGACCAAAGGCACGCGAUGGCAGCAAUCUGGUCAAUUUGCAACGGAUGCUACUGGAAAGCUGGUCUUUUGCCAGGCUGCAGGCACAGCCAACGAGGUUGCAGACUUGAAAGAACUCGCAAAUAGGCUUGUCGGUAGUACGACCGAAGCCAAGCUGUAA